CCGGAGACAAGGAAGAGCAUCCAAAGUUUGGGGGCAAAAGCUUUGAGAACAAUAUAAAAAGACCGAUUCCAGCGGAGUGCUCGCUUCACUAGUGCGGGUAAGGUUGUCCCAAUCGGUUGUCCUUCGAUAAGAACUACACAACUUUUCUAUAAAAAAUCUACACACUGGAGAUGUAGUUGACAUCGAAAAACAAUCCCUUCCCAAAUGGCCGUCUCCGAAGAACCGACACACGAUUGCUCCGAUGAAACAUCCAACAACAAACCGGUCAACACCACCGAGCAGGAUGUAACUCCAUCUCCUACUGCCUUGUCCAGGGUAAAUUCGUUCCUACGCAACACCACCGGCCACGAUGUGCGUUGCUUUGCCUCCUUCGAUGCGUUUGUUCAGCGAUGUAUGUACCGGCCCGUCGAUGGAGCGGCACUCGCCGUGGCUAGGGCACUGUUUGGAUUGGCCAUGCUCAUCGACAUACCGGAGGAGCGGGGUGGUGGUGAUUUGGAUCUACGCUGGGGUGAACCGCGGGACUGUCGGUUUCCGCUGAUCCAUUCGAUGGAACCACUGUCCCUGCCGCGGAUGGGCAUCAUUUACGGGCUGAUGUGGACAGGUGCGGCAGGGAUAAUGCUCGGUUAUCGGUUUCGCCUAUCGGCUGCACUGUUCACCGCAACGUAUUGGUACGUGUUUCUGCUGGAUAAAAGUGCCUGGAACAAUCACAGCUAUCUGUACGGGUUGCUCGGCACCAUCUUCCUGUUUACCGAUGCUCCCCGAUGUUGGUCAAUUGAUGCGUGGCAAGAUCCUCCCCCGGAUCAGACGGUUCCCUUUUGGAACUACUUCAUACUAAAGUUUCAGUUCUUCGUGCUGUACUUUGUGGCCGGGUUGAAAAAGCUUUGCCGCGAGUGGCUGUCUGGAUAUGCGAUGACAAACCUGAGCUAUCACUGGGUGUUCUUCCCGUUCCGUGCCGUGCUCGGAGCGAAGCUUACCGAUUUACUGAUUGUCCACUGGUUUGGAUGCCUAUUCGAUACGACGGUGGUGUUUUUCCUUAUUUACGGUUCAACGCGCCGACUGGCCACACUCUUCGCCAGUGCAUUUCAUCUGAUGAACUCGCGACUCUUCUACAUCGGGAUGUUCCCGUGGGUCUGUCUUUCCCAGCUUCCACUGUACUACAGUUUCAGCUGGCCACGGAAGCUCUUGCCCAGCGGCGUUUCAAAGACAGUUUUAAACAAUGAACAUAUCCAAGAAGGCGAUGACUGUUCGCAAGAAGUGAAAGAGAAAAACAAAAGAUCACGCAACCGUCGCCGUCGCAAGUGGUCCAUGUGUGCCAUGCUGGCGUACUGUUUACUACAGCUCUUCCUUCCCUAUUCGCAUUUUCUCACCCAAGGAUACAACAACUGGACGAACGGCUUGUACGGCUACUCCUGGGACAUGAUGGUACACGCCUGGGACACAAUUAUGAUCGGGAUUCGGGUGGUGGACCGGGAGAAUCCCGACCGGGUGCACUAUGUUGAACCGUUCGCUUUCACUGACAACGAUCGGUGGACCAAGCAUGCCGACAUGGCUGUUCAGUUUGCACGUUGCAUAGAGCGAAACAUUCACCGAGAGGCCCCAGCAGCACACCGGCCUAAUGUGUCCAUCUACUUCGAUAUCUGGUGCAGUAUGAAUGGCCGGUUUCAGCAACGUAUUUUCGACCCCAAUGUGGACAUUCUAAAAGCUGCCUGGUCACCGGUUGAACCAGUUCAAUGGGUACUUCCGCUGCUGCAUCAGUUCAAUGGCUUGCGUGAUACGUUGAUUCGCCGCAAAACGGAUGAAGUUCUUGGCUGGAGUAACCAUUCGGACGUACUGUUUAUUGCGGACUUUCCGGGAUUAACGCUACGCAACUUCGUCGGAGAAGAUCUGUAUAACGUUUCGCUUACCGUGUUGCAGGGAACUGUACGCUAUGAAGCGUCCCCUGAUGAGGAUGGAACAAAAAGUGCUUCAGUCAUACUGCAAACCGGACAAAGCACAUCCCUUCCGGCCGGCAUCUUUCAUGCAGUUGAAACGAUUGGACCCGAACCAUCGUGCUACAUGUACACGUACGUGAACCGUACCAAGGAACUAGAAGCUACCAGGAACGGGGAGGAAGUGAAACAGCAACCUGCCAUGCUUCCGCUUGGGGAGGAGUUUCUACAUCGUUGGGAAAACUUUGUACGAUUUGGGCAGCAUGUCGGCAACUCGUUGCUUUACGAGCUGUACGGUGUUCCGAUGCCCAGACGCCUAAAAGAGCUCGUCGCGGAUGAUUGA